AUGAUUAACGACGUCACCGGUCAAUACAGCGACCCGUACAACAACCAUGUUAUUUUCGUAGACCCGCGGCAGUAUAAGCGCAUCUGCAUCCGGCGUGAGCAGAGAGACAGGGUAUUUCGAAGGCGAGGUCGUCCCCGUCCAAGAUAUUUGCCCGUCGCUCCGCUUGCUGAAGAUAACUCUCUGAAGCGCCAGCGCGACGGCUAUGAUUCCCCUGGAAAGGCGAAGAAAAAUAGCAGGCGCCCUUAUCCGGCUUCGUAUUUUUACCCUCCACCCCUUAACGAGAUGUCCGGGGACUCUGACCGUGUAUCGAGCAAGGCACCUCGCUGCGAGGAUCGUAACGCUGUGCAGUUUUCGGAUAUUGCCGGUAUGAUGGCAGAAAAUGGUUAUUACGGCAAUCACGCGGGUAGUGCGAAUUCGGGCUCAACCUCCCGCUCUCACGGCAGCGAAUAUAGCCCUCGCAAGGAACGCAACUCUUACGUAGAACCAAUCACACGCGAAAACCCCACCUCGAGUGGCUUCGUAGCGCAUGGUGAUUCCUACUUUGUUGCGCACAAUCAGGCCACCGUGGAAGCAUCUGCUUCUCAUGACGGUCUGCAGCCGGAGGCCUGUGGACACGUCGACAGUUAUGCUCAGUUGCAUGCCCGUUCUGUGAAUCGCGGUUAUAUGUACCAACGAUCGUCUGGAACGUCGGAUAGUUACUCUUCCACCUCUUCGGCGUCGUCAUACUCGGCAGUCUACGACGGUCGGGUCAUGCCCAAUGGUUCGUCAUCGGCAGCGCCGCCCGUCAACUACUACCCUGCCGCAGGUGGAGCCGGGAACCAGAACGUUAUGAGUGCUGACAGCUAUGCUGGCGGCAAAACGGGGAAUGUGGCCUACAGUAGGGGUGUCUACUCCGCAGAGACCUAUAGCGGCGAGUCGUGCUGCUCUGAGGGCUAUUCAAGGGAUGAUUACGGCCAGGGCAGCGACGGCGUAGAUUACUACGCGGCUAACAUCAACGGCCGCUGCAACCGCAUGGCUGGGAGACACAAUGGUCGGUACGGCGACGGAGGCAAUGCGGGGCUUGGUGUUGGCGGGCCUGCGGCCCUCGCACCUGGUGGUGAUAUAAACUGUGCUUAUGCACAGAAUGUUGUAGGUGGUCCUGUCGUGUAUCCAGCGACUAUUAUGUCUCGUGGCGCUGCUCAACCUGUGCUUCAGGGUCCAAUGUACAGCGAAUACGUGUAUGUUGCGGGAGCUGACGCCAAGGUGUGA